AUGAAAGAAGUUUACCAGAAACAGUGUGAUCAAGUUUCCUUGGCGGAAACGGCCAGCAUCGGGAGCUCAACUGUUGGUGAGGUGGACGUCAUACGACACGACUCGUCGGUAGACUACAAAACUACCUGUGAUGCAUGCCCGUGUUGCCGAGAUGUAUGCGACAAUCCGGAGUGCCUAUCUUGUGACGAAAAAACGAGAUACCUUCCAUGUCCUCCUUGUCAAGGACGAGAACAAGGCUACUACACUAUGUGCCAAGUACGACGUCAUAAUAAUAAAGACUCGGCCUGGCUCGUCGCAGGGGACACGAUUUACGACGCCACUUCCUAUAUGCAGCAAGAUAGUCAUCCUGGUGGAGCCGCCAGUAUUCUGCGCAAGGCUGGAGGCGUUCAAGACUGCCUCCAAGACCUACAGUUUCACAGCAAGGCCGGUGUCCGUACGUGGAAGAAGUAUGAGAUUGGCAAGCUGCGACCUUGUGAGGGUCGUGAUGACAGAUGCUUGGAGAAGCAUUGGUGGAUGUUUUGGGCCCAAUAG